AUGGAAUCAAAUAGGAUCGCAGUUGUACAUGAAAAAGAGAAUGCGUUUACGAGACAACAUGAAGAUAUUUCAACGCGAGUUGCAGUAUUUAAUGAAAGUGAGAAAUCAGUCGACUUGCUUGGAUUGGAAAAUCGCUUAAGAGUUGGCUUAAAUUCAUGUAAGAUCAGAGAUAUAUCUCACUUAUCGGAGAGAAUAAAGAGAACGGAAAUUCGGAUACAGCAGUAUAUCGACGAGACUCGAAAUGAUGAAGCUGAAAAAGAGAUCGAAUACCUCAAUGAAUUAAGGCAGUUAGAAAUGCUACGCGAUCAAAUUGUUUUCCAAUCAAUUGCAUAUCUUUCGAAAAAUAUCGAUGCAUUAGACACGAAAGAAUUAGAAACUCGAUUAAAAUAUGGUUUGGAAAGAUGUAAAAUUCAAGAUAUAAAUCAAAUAGAAGAAAGAAUUCAGCGGACAGAGGAACGUAUCGAAUCGUAUCAACAUGAAGAUCGACUCGAUGCAAUCGAACAAGAAAUGAAAUAUUUACAUAAUUUACAAUUCACUCAAAUCAUUCUCAAAGAAAUCUUUCGUCGACAAUCCGUUGAAAACAAUGACGAAGACAAAUCCGAACGAAUAGAAUUAAACGACUUAAUUGACGAAUUAAAUGAAAUACCUGAAUGUGCAGAGAGAACUCUUAUGGAAUUAUUAAAUGAGAAGACAAAUCAAACAACAUCGAAUUCAAUUCAUUCGAAACUAAAUCAAUUAGAAAAGCAACUUCAAUUUGAGAAUUUAUUUUCUGAGCAAAUCGAAAGGAAAUUCCAAGAGAUCAAUCGAACCAUCGAUAAUCAAGAUUGUUCCUUUUCUCUUUACAAUUUGAACCAACUUUUCAAACUUAUUCGACCAUUAAAUCUUCGUCAAAUUCACCGAUAUGUCAAACGAUUCGAACAAACCGCUGCUUCAGUUCAUAGCAAAGAGGUCAUUCUCUUAGUCGGUGCGACAGGAUGUGGAAAAUCCACGACUGCUCAAUUUCUGACCGGUGCAAAAAUGAAACGAACACAAGUCGAAAUUUGUCCAGGAAAAUUUCUUGAACAUAUCACAAUCGACGGACCAAUAAGAAAUCCCGGAUUAAUCGAUGUGAAAAGUAGUCCACUGAGUAAAUCUGAAACACGAUUUGUAAUUCCAAUUUCAAUUCCUUUGAAAGAUAUUUUUGGUGUUCAUGAAACAAGUGAAAUCAUUGUUUGCGACGCACCUGGUUUUAGUGACACACAAAGUGGGGAGAUUGAUAUUGCCAAUUGUCUCGGAACCAUCAAAGUUCUUAAACGAUGUAAAUCUGUGAAAAUCUUCGCUUUAUCGAGUUAUCGAAGCUUAGGAGAUCGAGGUCAAGGUAUUCAACAAUUAAUCGAUUUUUUAUCCAAUAUGAUUCAAGGAAUUGAUCAUCGUCUCAAUUCAAUCUUAUUCGGAUUUACGAAAUAUCCAUUAGAUAUUGAUAUUCAUGCAAUGUUAACUGAAAUGAUGAAAAAUUCAAAUCAAAGAUUUGUCUCCGUUUUGAAUUAUAUGACUCAGAAUGAUCCGAUCAGAAUUGACCCCCUCAAUGGAAAUCUCAAAGAUAUUAUUGAAAAUUUACAAAAACUUCGAGGUAUUUCUUAUCCGGAUGAAGUUCUGCAAAUUUCUCUCGCUCAGCAAACUCGAGUGGUCAUAAAAAAUCAAAUCUCUCGAUACAAAUCGCACAUUGGUUAUGCAUUAAGAACAGAAAAUCUCUCACUUUUAACGUUUUAUUUCAAUCGAUUUCAAAGUUUAUCGAAAUUAAUUGGAGAAAUGUUCAUCGAAGAAGAUUUGUUCAAGUUAAUCAAAGAAAACCAUCAAGACAAUUCCAAGAGAAUCAUCGAGAAGUUGAAACAGUUUUUGAAAAUGGAUCACAAAUUAACCGAUAAAGAUAUCGAACAACUAGAGAAAACAUCGAUAUUUCUUCGACAAAUGACAAAGCAUUUUCAAUUCAAUGAUUUAUUCUCCGAAGGUCUCCAUUUACCGUUGAAAGAUUACGACUUAUCUCAUCCAAGAGUCGGAGUUUUUCUCGACAACCUUUCUUUCCUUCAAAGGUGUUUUCCGGAAUUGGAAAGUGUUUACCUGAAGUAUUGUCGAGAUCUCUCCGAAGUAUUUCAAGUGAAAUUUGGUCAAUCGCUUGAUGAAACGAUUCCCAAUCAUCAAUUGAGUGAAAUUCUCGAUAAAAUUUCUCAAUUAAUUCCAAGUUUAAAUGAACAUUUGGACAAACGAGUUGAGAAGAAAUAUUCGGAAAUGGUGGAAACGGUUCUUCAACAUUUUCAAAAGAUUUCCGAUCGAUCGAAAUCAGUUUUAUUUAAAAUAAAUCUAAAUGAAAAUGAUCUGAAAUCAAUUGAAAAUGAUUUAUCGGCAUUAAAAUCUGCAAAAGAGACAAAAUUAUUCGAAAAACAUUUGAACAUAAGUUUCAAUGACAUUUUCAGCGAAUUUAUGGGAAAUUUGCUCAAAUUUACCGAAGAAAUUCCUUUGAAAGUCAAAGAACACUUAGAUAAACACGGUUUCAAUUUGAUUCAGCACUUAAUUGAACAAUUUCGAUUAAUCCGAACAUUGUCUGACAUUGAAGAACGGACAAAUCGAAGUUUCUACGGAAUGAUCGAUUCAAUUUGUGUUUUCCUUCGAAAACUACGAGGAGAAAUCCAAGAACUUAUUCACGAGCUCGAUGUUUCUCCCAAAUCCAAUCAAAUCCGCAAACUCACCAAUUUAUUAUCACAACUGAAACAAUUCCAAUGGAUUGAUGAAUUCUCUCCGAAACUUGUCGAGAAAAUUCUCGAAGACAUUCAAAAGGAAUUUUUCGAACAGAUGGAAACCUUGGAAUGGAAACUAAAAAAGCUAAAUCUCGAUUUUCACCACCCGGACAACGUUCGUUUAGCCAAUGAAAUUCUUCAAAAGCUCUAUUCGUUGAAAGAUCUUCAUCGUUUUCUUCCUCAGCUUAAAAUCUGUGAAGAACGAAUCAACAACGAAUUGUACGAAUCAAUCAAAGCAAUUUUCGACUCAAUUCCACAGAAAUUCAAUUUACAAGAGAGAAAAGUUGACAAUCUAAGAGCUGAAUUGAACCAUUUGAAAGAGUUGCAACAACAAUAUGAAAGUUUCUGUCCGUCGAUUGUUUAUUUGAAAGAAUUGGGCUAUUCGAACAUUGAUCAAGUGAAAAAUGAAAUUGAACGAAGUGAAAAAGAAUUUGAAAAACAAAAUGAAGAAUAUCUUUGUGAGAAAAAUCAAUUAGACAAGCAAAUUAAUGAACUUGAAUUAAUUAUUCAAUCGUAUGGAAAAUCAAUUCUUUUCAACGUCUCGAAAAAGAUCUUCGGAAAAAUUUUUAAUAAGCUAACAAAUCCAUUGCAACAAAACGAAAUUUUAAAACAAAAUGGAUGUUCGGAUAUUAAUCAAGUUAAAGACAAAAUGGAAAAGUGUCAAAACGAUUUAGAGAAAAUUCAUCAAAGUCAUCUGACAAAUGAAAAUAAUCUCCAGAGAAAUUUAACAAAUCUUCAGUCCAUUCAAAGUCAUUAUUCAAAACUAAUUGAAGAACAUCAGGAAGAUAUUAACAAAGGAAAUCUCUUUCUCAUUGAAAAUUCCUUUGAGAAUUAUGAAGAUUUGUUAAAGAAAAUCGAAGAAAUUACCAACGAUCUUAAUGAUUUUAUUCGAUUGAAACAAUAUUUUUAUUUUCACGAUGAAUUUGAUGCAUCGGAGAUGAAUUUCAUCUUCAUUUAUCUUAAUCAAUUCGACGAUUUCAUCGAUCCAUCUAUUCGAAAAUUAGCGAAUGAGAUGAAUGAAGGUUUGAAAGCUUAUCUUCGUGAAUAUGUGAAUUUUGUCGAAAAAGAAAUCGAACGACAUUUUAAUUAUUUAAUCAAAUCAAGAACAAAUGAAUCUUUGAAAGAAAACUUUCAAAAAUAUUUAUUCGGUUUACUUUCAUUGAAGAAAUUUGAAAUUCUUUUCAAAUAUUCGAAUGGAGAAAAGAAAUUGAAAUCUUUUCAAAAGAAAUUCGUGAAUUUUCAUCAUUCGAUUAUCAAUGAAAUUGAAGAAGAUAAAAUCAAUGAGAAUUAUGAAGAUUUCAAAGACAAAUUAUUUCAUCUUCAAUCGUUCAUUUGUUUAGAUGAAUUUUUCAUCGAAUUGAACGAAAAUGAUCGAUUUGAAAAAUCUUUUCGAAAAUACCAAGAAGAUUUUCGUCAAAUCUCCAAAGAAUUCUAUCAAUUAGUCUUAGAUUCAAUUUCCAAACACGAUUUUCCUUUGAUUAACUCGAAACUUUCAUACAUGAUCGAAGUCUUCGCCAAUAAGAGAUUUGUUUCGCAUCUGAAAACGAACUUGGAAACCAAUCUCGAACUUUUGAUCAAGAAUACGAAACAAUUUGCCAAUUCGCUUCACGAAAAUCUUCAAUAUAAACAAGAAAAUGAAAAUCUUUUUCGGAAACUCGUAGCAAAUCUUGAUCAACUGCGAAUUGUUCGUCGACAAACGAACAUUUUGAAUUUUAUUGAAAAACCUCUGAAAAUUUCAUUGGAAAAUUUAUCCAAUGAAAUUGAAGAAAUUUUAAGAAAAAAACUUGUAAAUCUUCUUCAAUCAAUUGAGAAUUAUUUCAAACAAAAUGAUUUUGUUUUCAUCGAAAAAACAAUCGAAUAUGUGAAUUAUUUCUUAAAUCAAUUUCAAGAUUAUUUUUCAUUUAAAUCAACCGAACAUCAAAUCAAUGAAAUGAAGACAAGAAUUUCUCAAUUACCCAAAGAAAUUCUUGAACAAUAUGAUUUUGCCGAUUUGAAUAAAUAUCUGAACGAUUCACCAAAAUAUCUUUGUCAACAAUUGGAAGUUGUUUCAUCGAAUGGUUAUACAAAAUAUUCUGAUGUUUAUCGAAAGAUUUUGGAGAAAAUUCGAACGAAUUUCUUAUCGGAAAUUAACAAUGUCAAAGACAACCGAGUUUUGAAUCGAUCAAGUAAAAUGCAAUUGAUUAGAGAUGCUUAUCAUUCUUUGCCAGACGAUCUGCAAACUUUUUUUCAAUCUGAUAUUGAAGAAAUUAAUCAACUGAUUAGAAAAGAAGUUCGCAUAUCCGAUUUCGAUUAG